AUAAAAAGCGAAGGCCACGGCUCUCUCCCCCCUCCCUUCUCCUUAGCUCGUCUUCAAAUUUAUCCUCCUCUGCAGCUCUGCUCUCGCCGUCUUCUUCUUCGUCUUCGUCUUCCUCCUCUCUCCAAACCCCCCAACCCAAACCCACCUCCCCAAGCAAAGAAAAAAACCGCCUCGAAGGCCAUGGUGGUGAUCGUCCCCAUCAAUGGCGACGGCGACGGGGAGGGCGGUAGCGGCACGUUCGUCGCCGACAACCCCCCGGACCCUGCCCCCGCUCCCAUGGACAUCGACGACGACGGCGACGGGCGCGACCGCGGCGGACAAGGCGAUAGCCCCGCGACGCAGGAUCUCCUCAGCAAGUUGAACGGCAGCGGCGGAGAAGGCGACAGCCCCGCGACGCAGGAUCUCCUCAGCAAGUUGAACGGCAGCGGCGGAGAAGGCGAUAGCGCUGCGGCUGCGCGCGUCCCCGGCGGCGAAGGCGAUAGCGCCCCGCUCUCCCUGGCGCUGGGUCUCCACCUCCACGUCCACGGCGACGGAGGCGGCCGAGACGGAGUGGACCGCAUCAGCAAUCUCCCCAACGACACCCUCGCCUUCAUCCUGGGCCAACUCGGGGACACCCGCAACGCCGCCGUGACCAGCGUCCUCUCCAGGCGCUGGAUCAACCUCUGGACCCAGGUCGACAUCCUCAUCUUGCGCUACGACAAGCCCCCCGACUCCAGAUUCGUGCAGGAAGCUCUCGCCGCCCACGCCCACGCGACGGAGGGUUCCGAGACCACGGCCAUCCGCCUGCUCGAGGUCAUCUCCCUCAACAGAGCCACGCCGGAGGCCACGGCCGCCUGGCUCCGCGUCGCCGCGCCCCGCCUCACCGGCGAGCUCUACUUCCGCAACAGGUCCUCGGCUCCGUUCGAAGCUCUCGACCUUGAGGUGUUCUCGAUACUGUAUGAGGCUGUCGUGGAGCAGGAGAUGAUCUGGUCGAGUAGCUGGUUCCAGCUGCCCUGCCUCACGGAGGUCACCAAGAUCACGCUGAGCCUGGGGUUCCUCGGCCUCUCGCUGCCACAGUCGGGCUCCUUCGGCAAGCUCAGGGAGCUGCACCUGGAGCACGUCCGGUUCAAUGGCGACUACACCCUCGACGAUGCCAUGCUCCCCCUCUUGGAAUAUUUAGGCAUUCGCAGGUCCAAUGGCUUGGCCUCCCUGACGCUCAGGCUGGAAUCUCUGGGCUGGAUGGGACUGUACGAUGUGGUGGGGAUUCGUCGGCUCGACGCCGUGGUGCCUGGACUCAAGGCCUUGUGUUCGGUCGGAUGCUUCUGCUAUCAUGAUGUGGACAGCGUCAGCAUUGUCGCGGAGGAGCUGGAGGAGAUCGAGUGGGAGGAUUUUUACUCUCCACAAUCGUUCAACUUCAACGACUUGCCGCUGCUGACGAUGAUACACACCCACUGUGUUUUUUGUUCUGAAUCGAACGAGGCUUUCAUCGAAGGAUACUAUCAGCUUCUUCUCAAUCGCUAUCCAAGAAUUAGCCAUCUUGACCUGCGUUUUGUGAUUGAACUAAUUCGAGAUGAAAAAAGCGUUACGGAUUCGAUGAUAGACAAUAUCCAACUCCCUUACAUUAGGAUGUUGAACCUAGCUUUGAAAACAGAAGGCCAUGUUUAUGGAGCUAGUGUGUUGCAUAUUCUCACAAAGCGUACUACUAUAGCAGAGCUGAGGCUGGUGAACCAAGAAAAAUUCAAGUCUGAUGAUGCAUGUAAGCUGGAGUGCAUCUGUGAUGGGCCACCAGAUUGGAGAGAAACGGACAUUUCGAUGAGGUAUCUGAGGAAAGUAGAGAUCCUCAACUUCAGAGGGGAGGAACAUGAGCUUGACCUCCUGAGGGUCUUAGUCAGGGUAGCACCAGCACUGAGGAUGAUCAGAAUAAUCUGCCACCGUUCGUGCGCUGCUUGGGAGACACUAUCUGCACAUAUACGAGGUUUUGCAAGAGAAGCGACUUCUGUGGAAGUGAGUCUGUCAGAGUAAGGGAAGCAAGAAUAGCUCUGCAAACCGUAGGGAACUGAAGUAAGAAGAGAGCUCUGUUGGCUACUGAUCUAGUCUGAUGUACCUGACAAAGUUUUGAUCCUGCUCCGCUAUGCUGUAAAGAAACAGGAGAAGUUUUAGCUGCCAUUGUUCUUUGUCUUCGUGAAGCAAUUUUAGCAUUCUGCAUUCUGGAAUGCCCUUUUCUGUUUGUUUGUCAGAGCUGAAGUGAUGUGUUUGGAGCACCGAAAA